AUGACUGCCGCCGAGUCUGUGAAGAGUGCCGUUGGGCUUGCGGAUAGCACCGCUGCCUCCCGCCAGGAAAUGUCGGAUGCUCGUCUUCCCCUCCAAUACCGUGACUCUUGCGCAGGCCUCCUGAUCCCAUUGAACCGCUGCCGCCAGCAAGAAUACUACCUUCCCUGGAAGUGCGAGGAUGAAAGACACAGCUACGAGAAGUGCCAAUACGAGGAGUUCAAGAAGCGUGUUGCUAAGAUGGAAGAGCUCCGCGCCGCUAAGGGUGGUGCCCGGAGCAACUAA